AUGGGAUCAGGAGCAUCAAAAAGACCAAAUACAACAAGGAAAGUACAAGCAGUAAGUGCUUUCCAAGCUAUCCCUAAAAGUCCUAAAGAAAAGGACAAAAUUCUGAAUGAUGAGAUAACUGAUACUCAAAUAAAACUAGAUGACGUUAACCACGAUAAUGAGAAAUCAACUGACAACAGACGAAGCAUAACCAUUAAUGAGACUAGCAAUGCAUGGAACGCAUUGAAGCAAGGAAUUAUUUUAAAUGCAAAUAGUCUUCCAAAGACUACAUUAACACUUGAUGAUUUUACCAAGGUUAUACGCAGAAAAGCAAGUGAGAUCAAAAACGAUGAUUUGGAAAUCCCUUACGAAUCCAAAGAAAAGGUUGAAUCGGAGGAACUUUGUCACAUAUGUGCUGUAUAUACGGGAAGCGAGACGUACCCCUGUAGGAUUUGUCCUCGUGUAUAUCACGAGAGCUGUCUUAGGAAGAUAGGGCAUUGUUCGAGUCCAGAGUCCAGUAACCUGCUACAAAAAGCACACGAACCCAUUGGAUGGAGCUGUUACAAAUGUGACAAUCUAAGCAGUGUUCUGGCUGAAGAGGAGAUGUUUCAACUAAUGGAAGAUUUUGAUAUAUAUGACAUAGACAAAGAUUCCACGAUUUCAUUAGAUGAGUUUUUAAAAUACAAAAAUGAACAAUACCAGAAAAGGUUUGGAUGUGAGAUGCCAUUUGAAGAUGAAGAAACAGAAAGAAGAAGAUUUAAAAUAAUGGAUAAAAAUAAAACAGAAACCCUUGACUGGUGGGAAUUUUUGAACUAUGAAAGCACUCAUAUCUUAACAACCAGGAGUAAGAAUGCACUCGUACGACUUCUUACUGAGCGGGAGAUAGAUGAAGCUAGAAGAACUUUCCGGGUUUUCGACCGAGAUGGGAAUGGCGAGAUAUCGGAACAUGAAGCAAAACACGCAUUCACAAGCUGGUACAGUCAGUUCCUGCAUGAAACACCAGGCUCCUUGAAAAUAUUAGACACAGAUGAUGUAGAUGAUAAUUCAGAAUUUGCUGUUCAUGUAAAGGAAAACACAAAACUUAUUAUGGCUGCUGAUACAGACAAAAAUGGGAGGGUUUCAUGGAACGAGUACCUAAAGGACCAGGCACUAUAUAUCAUAGCAUCAAGACCUAAUAGCUGUAGUAACGCACCAGAGGAUGACAAUUUAACAACAAAAAACCGAACAAUAUCUAAUGAUGCAAAAAUCGUUUGAUUUCCCAGAAUUACAGAAGUUACUAAAACGGCUGCAUGUUCAAUUUAAAUUGCCUGGGUGAUCAUGCGUCUGAAUUUCAUUGAGGUUACACCAAACAUGUCCAUUCGAGGAAUUUUAUGGAAUUAAAACAUGUCUCAUCACGAUCUGUUGUAAAAGUCCUAAAAUCUGAAAUUGAACACUACCGACGACGUAUCUACAUUGAGUUUGUAUUUUAUUCUUUUGUUUACAAUUUAUAUACGAGAGGGCUAUCCAAAGGCAUUCAGCAGUGACUUACACUCAUACAUACAUGUAGUACGAAAAAAUCUGUGGCCAAUAUUACGAAUAUGCGCCAAAACAUUCUGAAGUGAAUACUUUGGAUAAACGAUAUUUUGUAUAUAUAAUGUAAAAAUGCAC